GUCUUGGACUUGCACGUUUUGGGAUAUUGUGUGACCUACAACUUUGAGUAAACUCCGAGACUUGACAUCUUAGAAUGGGAGAUCUUAACCUCCUCAAACCAUAUGCCAUUUUCGAGCAACUGUUUGAACAAAAAAUUAGAAUAGAAGACAGGGAUUGUCUCGAAUUCGCUGAUUUGAACGUCGCUUCUGGUGUCUUAACUUCUUGUCAUGGGUCGGCUCUUGUGAAGGUUGGAAACACUCAGGUGAUUGCAGGUGUAAAGGUCAAGGUAAUUCCAGAAAGCGGAAAUUCAGGCAGCAUAGCCUGUAACGUCGAGUUUGCUGGUCUUUGCCAUAGAGGUAUACGUUUGAAUGCUUCACAACCUAAGUGUGCGCAGUGGCUGUCUUCUACAAUUCAAAGGCUCCUUAAUAAUUUUGCAUUUCCUUCUGUUGAAAACCAGUUAAACAUAUUCCCGAUUGACGACACAAACGCACUUACGCCAGCAGCUUCCUACACAUUGAAGCUUGAUAUCUUUGUGCUGCAAGACGAUGGGUGCUUACUAGAUGCUUGUCUCCCCGCUGCACUUGUUAGUCUUUGUACAGCAAAGUGGACAAAGCUGUAUGCGGUUACGGAUGAAAAGGCUGUAGGAUCCUAUUUGGAAUUAUAUAAACCAGGACCUUUAAAGGAGACGAAAUCUUUACAAGUGAAUGAAUGGCCUGUUUCACUGUCUUUCUGUUUCGUUCCCCGCCCAGUCUCCGGAAGGAAGUCGAAGACAAUCCCUAUUAUUGCUCAGCCAACGAAACGAGAGUUAGACAUUUGGGAUUUAGAUGCUGGUCCUGUACACAUAACUGUUUCUCAGGGUGAUAUAGUAGAUCUUUCUGUAAUUAAUGCUUUUUUAACGGGUCUUUGGGACACUAUAAAUAUAACAAGUGCAAAUAAAAGUGAUGAGGUCAACGUAUGGAAUGUUUUGUUCGACUCGGCCGUUUCUCACGCUCAGAAAGUCCUGCAGAUAAUCCAAAAGGCUGUAAACCAGAUUGUAUAGUUCAUGGGAAUUGAUUAUAUGAACGUCUAUCUCAUGCAAAGAUGUUUAUAAGAAGACACUAUUUUGUACAAUAUCUUAUUUCAUGGUUGUAUUUGGAUUAAAAUUCUUUAUUGAAACGAUUUGGGUUAAUGCAUGAUAUUGCUAGGCUCUGCGUUCACUGCAGCUGGCUGACUUGUUUGGCGAUUGUUGUCUGUUCCACCGAUUGAAUUAUGAAUAUCGGUCGAAAAUGUUCCACUGUUCACACACCAUCCUCUGUAAAAAUUUCCGCCUUACCAUUUUUAUGCUUGUGGAAAGUAAAACUUAAUAAAUGGUAAAAUAAAAUCGUUUCGCUUAGAAAGAUAAUAAUAAUAAUAAUAUUAUUAUUAUUUUCUAUCUUAUUCUUUUAUUCUAUGCGGAUG